UCCAACUGUAAAGCAAUCUAACAUUGGAUACGGAGAGUAGAGCAAGAAACAAAAAUGGCUAACAUUAAAAAAUGUGGUUAACUUCAUCAAUCUUGUGAUUUCACCAACAAAAGAAUAAACAAAGCCUCCUAGCCUAUUCCCAGAACUAGAAAUUGCCUAAGCAUGCCUUCAAGAUCACUACUACUUCUUUCUCCAACGUCCAAUCCUGUAACUAAACCAAGCUUUCUUAGCAAAACAAGAGUUUUGUUCUUCAUCCUCACUAUUUCAUCUUCUGUAGUUAUUAUCUUGACAUUCCUUUACUUUCUUUACCAUCUUUGGUACUCUCUUGUGAACAGGUCAAGAACCAUUCCUUUCGACUCCAAUGCUCCUUUGAAGCUCCAGAGGUUCACCUACAAAGAGCUGAAAAAUGCUACUAAUGCGUUUGAUGAGGGUAAUAUCAUUGGGAAAGGUGGUUCUGGUACUGUGUUUCUUGGCAUUGCAAGAGAUGGGAAGUUGUAUGCCAUCAAGAGACUUGACACUUUCUCUUUACAAACUGAGAGAGAGUUUCGGAAUGAGUUGCAGAUUCUUGGUGGGUUAAGGUCUCCUUUCUUGGUUACCCUUUUGGGGUACUGUAUGGAGAGGAAUAAGCGGUUCUUGGUUUAUGAGUACAUGCCAAAUAAGAGCUUGCAGGAGUUGCUGUUUAGUGAAGGUAAUAAUUUGGUUCUGAAAUGGAAUCAAAGAUUUGAUAUCAUCAUGGAUGUUGCUAAAGCAUUAGAGUUUUUGCAUUUUGGGUGUGAUCCACCUGUGAUUCAUGGUGAUAUCAAGCCUAGUAAUGUGUUACUUGAUUCUGAUUUUAGAGCAAAAGUUUCUGAUUUUGGGUUGUCAAGGAUCAAAGUGGAGGGUGAAUUUGGGGUGGAUUUGUUUAGCCAAGACUUGGGAAAGAGUACAGAUUUAUGGAAAAGUCAAGAGCUUUCUGGGAAUUUGACUACAGAGACUCCGGCAACAGGUACUCCAGUUGAAAGUGCUCAUGAGGUAGAUUUUGCUCUUGCUUUACAAGCUUCUUCUUCUUCAAACAAAAGUAGAGCAUGUUACAAUGUCAGAGCUUUGAACUUAAAUUCUCUCAAUUAUAAUGCUAGUAUUGCUAGUGAAAGUGAUUUUAGUAAGGUUGGGAAUGGAAAGGGGAAAGAGGUUUCAAGUAUAGAUAUUGGGGGGGUUGAUUGGUCUAGUAAGUUUGUGCCGUAUGAGGAUGAGCCUAGUAGCAUCGAUCAUAGCAAGGAGUUGAGUUUUACCACUAAUUCUGUUAGCGAUGAUGCGACGAAUAUGAAACAAUGGGGGAAAGAUUGGUGGUGGAGACAAGAUGGGAGCGGUGAAUUGUGCAGCAAAGAUUAUGUUAUGGAGUGGAUAGGAAGCCAAAUUUGUCCUUCAGCAAAUCCUGAUUGGGAGGAAGAGAAAAAAAGCACCCAUGAGAAGAUUGAAUUGGAUAGUUCAACCCAAUUGGACAACUUAGAAGAUGUCCAUGAAUCACACUUACAAGAGCUUGGUUUUGAAAAAUUGGAAAAGGGGUUCGAGAAGAAGGAGUUGAAAGGCAGGAAAAACCGAAAGAAAAAGCACAGGAAGAUGCAAGAGUGGUGGAAAGAAGAGCACUUGGCUGAGAUCAGUAAAAAGAGUAGUAAGCUGAGGAAGCUUGAAACAAAGUGGAAGAAGGGUUUUAAGAUUCCACAUUUUGAUCUAGGUAGGCGGUUUCAGUUCCAUAGGCGAAAGAAAUUUGGGGAACAGAAUCAAGAUGAUUGUGAUGCAAAUGGGGAGUUCAGUUUCAGAAGAGGGUGGAAGAAGAAGAACAAAAAUUCAAUGGGAAGUGACAUGUGGAGUGGAGAUCUUUUCAGCCGUGAAUUGAGUAGCACAACAAGCAUGAGAGGAACACUGUGUUAUGUUGCACCAGAGUAUGGUGGUUGCGGAUAUUUAAUGGAGAAGGCUGAUAUUUACAGCUUAGGAGUAUUGAUCCUUGUAAUUGUUUCUGGUAGAAGGCCAUUACAUGUUCUUGCUUCACCAAUGAAGCUCGAAAAAGCAAACUUGAUAAGCUGGUGCAGGCACUUGGCUCAAACUGGCAACAUUUUAGAACUUGUGGAUGAAAAAUUGAGAGAUGAGUAUAGUAAAGAGCAAGCAAUUUUGUGUAUCAACUUAGCUCUCACCUGCUUGCAGAAGACACCAGAGUUGCGGCUUGAUAUUGUUGAGGCUGUGAAGAUUUUGAAAGGGGAGAUGGAUCUUCCACCACUUCCAUUUGAGUUUUCUCCAUCUCCUCCUUCAAAAUUAUUCAGCAAGGCGAGGAGAAAACAGAAGGCGAAUGCAGAUUAGAUAGACUUUGGUACAUGUUCUUGUUCGGUCUUGCUUCUUUUUGUUUAGUAAUCUUAAUGGGGUUUUUUGUUGAGUGUAAUCUAGAAUCAGUGAUCAGAAAAUGUAACCUGGAAACACAUUUGGGGACUAAAUCUGUACUGUACAUUGUUAAUUAUGUGAGGAUUAUGCUGUUGUAUGUAUUAAUAAUGUAUAUUAGAGGAAUGGAUUUUAUUUGCUUUCU